GGGCGUGGACUGCGAGCAGGGGGAGGGGGCCUCUUUCCUGUCCGCCGUCCACUCGGGCGGCCUUUCUGAGUGACACCCGUGAAAGGAGGGAGGGAAGGAGGGACGGGAAAAGGGGAGGGAGGCCCCCCGUUGGAGCCGCAUCGCCCUUCGCUGUAACUUUGGAGCGCCUCUUCCCGGCCGCCCUUCAGUCGCUCCCCUUCACCUUCCCAGCCGCUGCGGAGACAGACAACAGCAUCCUGUUGAUUUGGGGGCAUUUCAGUGGUAAUUUGUUCUGAAAAGAGAGAGAUUACCAUAAAUUUUUUCCCAGAAUGUCAUACAGACAAGGACUAGAGAAGUACCGAGACCUGGAUGAAGACCAGAUCUUGGGAGCACUGACAGAAGAUGAAAUCAAGAUGUUAGAGGAAGAACUGGUGGAACUAGAUCCAGAUAAUGCAUUGCUGCCUGCAGGAAUGAGACAGAGAGAUCAAACGAAGAAGACUCCUACGGGCCCCUUCAAAAGAGAUGACCUUCUGGCACAUUUGGAAAAGGAGGCAAUUGAUAUCAAAGACCGAGAAGACCUGGUUCCUUUUACAGGGGAGAAAAAAGGAAAAAUCUGGGUCCCCAAGCAAAAAGCUAUCGAUCCUGUUUUGGAGAGUGUUACUCUGGAACCAGAACUGGAGGAAGCCUUAGCAAAUGCCUCAGACGCUGAACUCUGUGAUAUUGCAGCUAUUCUUGGCAUGCAUACCCUGAUGAGUAAUCAACAAUAUUAUGAAGCGCUUGGAAGCACAACGAUAGUCAACAAAGAAGGACUGAACAGUAUAAUUAAGCCCACACAAUAUAAACCUGUUCCUGAUGAACCAAAUUCAACAGAUGUAGAAGAAACUUUGGAAAGAGUGAAAAACAAUGAUCCAGAACUGGAGGAAGUCAAUCUCAAUAAUAUUAAGGACAUCCCUAUACCAACAUUAAAAGCCUAUGCGGAGGCUUUGAAGAACAACAGCUAUGUGAAAAGGUUCAGCAUAGUAGGAACAAGAAGCAAUGACCCUGUCGCUUACGCACUGGCAGAAAUGUUAAAAGUCAACGGUGUAUUGAAGAGCUUAAAUGUAGAAUCAAAUUUCAUUUCUGGAUCAGGAAUCCUGGCCAUGAUAGAAGCCCUGCAGUGCAACACAACAUUAAUUGAACUCAAAAUCGACAACCAGAGUCAGCCGCUAGGUAACAAAGUAGAAAUGGAGAUUGCAAGUAUGUUGGAAAAGAACACAUCUCUCUUGAAAUUUGGAUAUCACUUCACUCAGCAAGGCCCUAGGCUUCGGGCAGCAAAUGCCAUGAUGAACAAUAAUGAUCUUGCUCGUAUUCGUCGAUGCGACGGCCUCUGGCAUAACCCAUCAGCCUUGGAACUGGAGGAUGCAUAAUGAGGAAGAGGCGGCUUGCAGACCUGAAUGGGCCCAUCUUUCCCAAAUGCCGGACUGGGGUGUAACUAUGGGUUGCAGAGAUGGCAUCCGUCGGCUUGCACUGGAUUGCAAAGUCUCAUGGCAGAGCAACUGUGCAUUGAAAUUGUAGUGCCUGUUUUUCUUUUUCAUAUGACAUCGUUGUGCACUGAAAGGUUGAAAAUUAGUGAUGUAGGCGAAGAGCUUUAGAAUCAGUGUGUGAAUAAUGACUUUUUUUGAGAGCUUAGAUGGGAAUGUGUCCUUUCAGAUGUUGUUGGAUUCAAUAACCAAGACCCCUGGACAGUAUAUCUAAUGGUGGAGAAUGAGGGAAAUGGCAGUCUCAACAGUACCUGAAGGAUCACACAUUCUCAUCCCAGAUUUAGAAUAAUCCAAAGUUUGAGCCUUUUGACCAUAAGGUACAAGUGCUGGAUUCCAACACCAUUGGACAAAGAUGGUUUGAAUUUAUAGUUAAACUGCAGCCUACCCUAUAUACUCAUGCAUAAGUCUAAACGUUUUGUCAAAAACUGAUCCAAAACUUGAGUCGACUUAUCUACAGUGUAAGUACCUUAUCCUAACUCUUACCUAAAAAGAAACCACCCCUUAUCAGGAUAAAUUGGUGAAAAGCAAGAGCUUAGUCCAUCCUGGAGAACAUAAAAGAAGCACUGACAGCUUCUACUUUUUCCACUGCAGUGUCGUUUUUGGCCUUUUAAAUGUCCAAGUGAGAAAAUAGCAAAAAUCAAGGAUAUUGGGCCUUCUGGGGGGGGGGGGGGGGGAUAAAGCUUUCCUCUUUCAAUUGAAUGAUUUUCAUCAUAUUUUCAUCACAUCAAAUUCCAGGAUUUUGGCACCAAAACAUGUUCUUGGUUUAAACAUGAGAUCGGCUUAUAUGUGAAUAUAUAUGGUUAUCUCAGUAUGGAAUUUGUGUGUGUGUGUGUAGUGUGAGAUAUAGGAGUAGUUAACAAAAAGAUGCAAUGCUACUCUGCAAAUUAGCAGAAAUGUUUUAAAAAUAUACUUUAUUUUUUCGACUUAAUGGCAAGAAUUUGAAAGAAGCUAUGAGUCUGACAGCAUUUCUAUCAUCCCAGAGUACAUCAUUAAUUUAAGAAUUAGUGAACUUCAAUCAGCUAGUAAGACACACAGCUGUAAGUUACAGUCCCGUUGUAAAAGCAUCUGCUGUUACUAGAGCACCUGCACACCCAAGCAAUAGAAAGAAUGUUAAGGCCACUCUUUUCUUAAGCAAUCAUCACAAGAAGGGGAAAAACCACAUGAACAGGAAAUUCCCGUUUUCUUUUUCACUGAAUGAUUUAGGAGCUUUAAAAGAUGAACAUGCAGAUGUUGGGUUGCUGUGAGUUUUCCAGGCUUUAUGGUUGUGUUUCAGAAGCAUUCCCUCCUGACGUUUCCCCCAGGUGUAUAGCAGGCAUCCUCAGAGGUUGUGAUGAUGCCUGCCAUAGAUGUGGGCGAAACAGCAGGAGAGAAUGCUUCUGGAACAUGGCUAUACAGCCCGGAAAACUCACAGCAACCCAGUGAUUCCAGCUAUGAAAGCUUUCAACAACACAUGCAGAUGUUGUUCUCUUAAAUCUUCUGACAAUAUGCACCAGAUAAUUUAUAGUUCCUUUACUCUUGGGUUUGUUGUGGAUGACUGUUUUAUUUAUUUAUCUGUUCACUCUCAAGAGUCAAUAUUUUUAUAGCUUUCCAAAUAGAUUAACUAGUGAUGGCUAGUAUCCCAUGGGUAGAGGCUCUUUGACUCACUCCAUUCUACCUGCACUGAAGGAAGUGGCAUACAGCCCCCAUGUCUGGACAAGAGUCACCUCUAGGCCCCCCUAUUUCAGUGUUGACUAGAUUCUCUCAUACUGGGUUGCUGUAAGUUUUCUGGGCUAUAUGGCCAUGUUCCAGAAGCAUUCUUUCCUGACGUUUCGCCCACAUCUAUGGCAGGCAUCCUCAGAGGUUGUGAGGUGUUGUGAGGCAAGUAGGGUUUAUAUAUCUGUGGAAUAUUCAAGGUGGGAGAAAGAACUCUUGUCUGCUUGAGGCAAGGGUGAAUGUUGCAAUCGGCCAGCUUGAUUAACAUUGAAUAGCCUGGCAGCUUCAAAGCCUGGUUGCUUCCUGUCUGGGGGAAUCCUUUGUUGGGAGGUGUUGGCUGGGCCUGAUUGUUUCUUGUCUGGAAUUACCCUGUCUUCUGAGUGGUGUUCUUUAUUUACUGUCCUGAUUUUAGAGGUUUUUAAAAAUCUGGUAGCCAUAUUUUGUUCAUUUUCAUUGUUUCUUCAUUUUUGUUGAAAUUGUUCACAUGCUUGUGGAUUUCAAUGGCUUCUCUGUGCAGUUUGACGUGGGCAUUGAAAGCCAUUGAAAGAACAACCGCCAGAAGACAGGGGAAUUCCAGACAAGAAACUAUCAGGGCCAGUUAACACCUCUCAACAAAGGAUUCCACUGGACAGCAAACAGCCAGAUCUUGAAACUGAAAGGCUAUUCAGUGCUAAUCAAGCUGGCUGACUGAAACAUUCACACUUGCCUCAGACAAGAGUUCUUUCACCCACCCUGAACAUUCCACAGAUAUAGUUUCCUAGUUUCAGAUAUACCUCACAACCUCUGAGAAUGCCUGCCAUAGAUUUGGGACAAACAUUGGGAGAGAAUGUUUCUGGAACAUGGUCAUACAGCCCAGAAAAUUCACAGCAACCCAGCGAUUCCAGCCAUGAAAGCCUUCAACAACAUAGUGUUCUCAUACUGUUACAGGACCCCACUACUGCCAAACACACACUUCUUUGAAGGCCUCUUGCAUGAUGUACAGUAUGAAUCCCAUAUCUGUGCAGAAUAUGUUCUUGACCUUACUGUGAAAACUGGGUAGCAGUGACCCCUAGUGAAAUGAUCAUUUUCUGCCAGAAGUUAUUAUAGAGUCACAUGGACCGAGACUCCGUUUCAUCCACCUGCAUCCAACCAAGCAUCCUCUAGGAAAUUUUUACACAAGCCAUACGAUUCUCUAGUAACUUCCAGUGGAAGUCUACCAUAAACCUGCCUGACGGAGCUUGAAAAUUCCUCAAAGGGCAUACUUUGUUGGAUUUGUUCAGGUGAAACUGUAUCGGUCCCACUGAUAUGGGAGUCCUAUUGUACUGUGUGCGCACUAGCUAACACAUUUGGAGUCAUAUUCCAAACCUGUGCUGCCUCCAGCCAAUCUUGGAUUUCCAAGAUUGUGCUACUGUGGGACAAGAUAGUCUUUCUCAGGGAGGAUAGGAUAUGUUUGAAUGCAGCAUUGUCUGUCCCAUCAGGCAUGUCUCAGAUCUGCCUCUCUCACACAGGGAGAGCAGAAGAGCACCAAGAAGGGAGGCUAGGCAUCAAGGGGAAGAUUUGCUGAUCUCUUUCCGUUUUCACGGCAUCAGUAGAUCCUGCCUUAUAGCCAGUGGAUGCAAGCCUUUGGAUGCUGUUGUUGAACAUUGGACUGGGCAGCCAGUUAAAGGGAAUGGAGAUUGCUUUGCAGCAGUGCCUAAUUGGGUUGAGCCCAGUCUUCUAAUGUUGUGCUGCUUGUAAAUUAUGCCACAAUAAAGUGUCACUUGUAAGAAC